AUGCAGUCAGCAAUCAUCUGGCCUACCAAGUUCCUGCCCGGAACCACCGACAACUAUACCUCCAAUGAAGUAAUUGUGCGCGAUAUCACAGCCGCCCGAGUCUGGGCCUAUCUUGCCGAUAUCACCCAAUGGGAGUCGUACUACAGUAACUGCAGUCAUAUCACGCCGCCAGUCAGCGGCAACAUUCUCAAGAAGGGCGAUAGCUUCAGCUUCUCGACUUUCGGGUUUGGUCCCUUUCCGGCAGAGGUCAUGGAGUCUGUGCCGCCGAGCGCGGGCUCACCGGGACGCUUGGCAUGGAGAGCAUGGGUAGAUGGGGAUGAGAGUUCUAAGCUAGAUGUUUAUCAUGCUUGGAUUGUGGAGGACUUGGAUUAUGGCGUGGCUAGAAUCUUGACGCAGGAGUCUCAGAUUGGGCAGCCUGGGGUUAAACUCGCGGCUACGAAGCCAAAUCCCAUAUUGAAUGGCCAUCAAGAGUGGCUUGACAGCUUGUGUAUAUUAGUGGAAGGCAGUGUCGGUGUUUGCGUUAUCGCCAUCGGUUGCUGGAAACCUGACGGUAGACUAGCUCACGCUAGCGGGCGACCCAACAGCAUCUUGGCUACGAGCACUUUCGCCGACAGUCCAUUCAACGGUCUUGAUCUUGACAUUGAAUGGAUUCAGAUACCAUUUCGCUCGCCUUCUCCUUCUCUUGCUUAG